UGGCGCUGCCGGGGCGCGGCCAUGGCGGAGGCGCGGCCGCUGCGGCUGCUGGCGCUGCACGGGUACCGGCAGAGCGCCCGCCGCCUCCGCCAGCGCACCGGCGCGCUCCGCAAGGCCCUGCGCGGCCGCGCCGAGCUGGUGGCCAUCGACGCGCCGCACCGCCUGCCCACCAGCGCUGAGGACGACCCCGACGGGGAUGACCCCCCCCGCGGCUGGUGGUUCUCCGGGCCCGGCACGUUCGAGGCGGGCGAAGCGGCCGCGGCUCCGGCGGGGCUGGAGGAGUCUCUGUCGGCCGUGGCGGCGGCGCUGGCGGAGCACGGGCCCUUCGACGGUCUGCUGGGCUUCAGCCAGGGCGCGGCGCUGGCCGCCAUGGUGUGCGCCCUGCGGGCCCGCGGCGACCCGCGCUUCCCGGUGGCCUUCGCCGUGCUGGUGGCCGCGUUCGCCAGCCGAGCCCCGGCACACGGACACUUCUACCGGGAGCCCAUCGCCCUGCCCUCGCUGCACGUCGUGGGCGACACGGACGCCGUGAUCGCAGCGCCCCUGAGCAGGGAGCUGGCGCAGUGCUUCGUGGAGCCCGUGGUGCUCUCGCACCCCGGCGGGCACUUCAUCCCCGCGGCUGCGGCGCAGAAGAAAGCCUACCUGGAGUUCCUGCAACGCUUCUGCCCCGGGCAGGGCCAGGCCGAGCGCCCAGAGGCUGGGGAGGCUCGAGAACGGGCUCUGUAAUAAAGAAGGGCUCUGGUGAGCCAUGUGCAGCCA